AGCGGCGGCGGGGCUCAGACAAAGCCGCUCGCGGGGUUGGUCGCAGCUGCGAGGAUGGCGCCGCGCCGCCGUUGAACGGCGCUGCCGCAUCGGGGCCGGUUGCCCCCCCCUUCCCCGCUUCCCCCCCCCAGCGAGGGGUCUUUCCCGGAGUCAGGAAGGCACAGAAGCCCCCCACCCCUUUCAGGGCUCCGGACGAAGAUGAGCCAGUGGAUGCCAAAGCCUGGCGCAGAGGCCCACGUGCCUAAAAGGAGACUGUGCUGUGAGAAAGGGUCCAAAGAGGGCAGCCCGGCAUCCAAGCACCCGCGUCUGGACAGGCUGCCAGGGCCAUCACCCUGCCUCCAGCCCCUGCCUCAGUGCCCUCCUGCCGCAGGAAAGGAUUUGAUCAUCACUCAGAUUGGCCACUACAUCCUUCUGGAGCCGACAGAAGGUGGAUGCACCUACAGGGCUGUGGACAGACACACCGAGGCAGAGCUGACCUGCAAGGUUUAUCCGGCAAAGAGCUACCCGGAGGUGAUGGCGCCAUAUGCUGCUCUCCCCUCGCACCCCAACAUUGCCCGGGUGGCCGAGGUCAUUGUGGGGGAUCAGAACGUUUAUGUCUUUUUUGAGCCUGGGAAGGACAACAUGCAUGACCUGGUGAGGCGGCGUAAGCGUGUGCCGGAAUCGGAGGCCGUCGCCCUUUUCCGACAAAUGGCCGAAGCCGUCGCCCACUGCCACCAGCACGGCAUCGUCCUUCGGGACAUCAAACUGAGGAAGUUUGUCUUCGCGGAUCGGGAACGGUCCAAGUUGCUGCUGGAGAACCUGGAAGAUGCCCAGGUCCUUCUAGGUCCCGACGACGCCUUAGUGGACAAGCACGGCUGUCCCGCUUACGUGGGUCCCGAAAUCCUGAGCUUCAAGGGAUCCUAUUCUGGAAAGGCCGCGGAUAUCUGGAGCCUGGGGGUGGUCCUCUACACUUUGCUGGUGGGCUGCUACCCCUUCCAAGACACCAAGCCCAUUUCAUUGUUUGGCAAGAUCUGCCGUGGACGCUUUAGAGUCCCGGACGAUCUCUCGCCUAAGGCCCAGUGCCUUAUCCGGUGCCUCUUGCGAAGGGAUCCGGCUGAAAGGCUGACCGCCAGCGGGAUCCUGCUCCAUCCUUGGCUGACUUCGAACCCCGUCCCCAAGGCGUUGGGGGUCAGCCCCGCUGGAGGGCAGGGACCGGAUCAAGUGGUUCCCGAAAUGGGGAGGUGCAGAAAGGAUGCGGAUAAAUUGCGAGAAGAGGGACAGAUGAAGUGGCCUUGAGGGGAAGAAGGAAGAGGAGAAAAAGCGUACGACGUGGAUGCCAUAUCUCAGCUGCCCUGGAAGUGCCUUUUGGGGGACGAAGCGCCAUUCCCCUUUGCCCUCCCCUAGGGCAGGGGGGUCACUUCGUCCCGAAACCUGGGGAGAGAAGGGCUUCGCCCUCUCUUUGCCCUUCGCGUUCUCGCCCAUGCCAAAGAAACCUUAAGGGGGUUUUGUUAAGCACCAGCAAGCUCUUAAAAGAGGGAUGUUUUGCACCUUUAAUUUGGGAUGUGUGUUGAUUUGGACAAGGACUCUGGAACCUGCUGGAAUGGUUGAUGGGAGAAAGAAAUCUAGCAUUGAUGAUGUUACCUAGUUUGGUAAUGAGAUGUCUGGAAGGAGGCAGCUAAACUCAGAGGGAACAAAGGACCCUGCAGUCAUCGUUCUCCUCCUCCUCCUCUUCUUCUUCCUCUUCCUCCUCCUCCUCUCCACUCUGCAAUCUUCCCUCCCUUUUAGCACUGGUAAUAUUACCUAGUUUGAUAAUAAAACGUCUACAAAAACAC